AUGGCCCCAAACAAGAACGCGUUCCUAGGCGACGUACCAGGGAUGUACUACGACGUCGAGCGCAACCGCUAUUUCCCAGUUAGGGCCGAGGCCGUAGGAAUGAAGGAGCGGCCCGUGUGCACGCGCAAACGGAAACAGAUACAGAACUGGGACGUCAACGAGAGCCGGGGGCUUCGACGGCGCGUUUUUCGGGCAAUCGGGCCCCGAAGCGACGCCUUGGACCGGAACCGCACGGCUGACCGGGUAGCGAGCACGACACUGCAUAGGAUAACUGGACUAUGCGAGUGUCACGGCAAGAAUGUCACUAGCGUCAAGUCCUUUGGGCCUGCUGGACUCGCCGUUACGACAGACCAUGGACAGGUCAUUAUAUCCUGUCCGGAUGGCGACGCAUUUUCGUUCUCAGCUUGUACCGAAACUCUCCUAGGUGUGCACUGCAACGCUGCUAGAGGGACAUGGAUCUGCGUUGCCAACGGCAACGCCCCACAUGUACACAGUUGGCGGAGAGACCCACUCAACCUCGUCCAUGUCCCGCCUGAACAAUGGACACUAGACCUCCCCCAGCGCGACAUCUAUGCUAUGUCGUCUUUCGACAACAUCACGUCGCUUGGCCUCCCUUUCUCCAUUAACACUGUCACCACCACCAACGACAACCUGCUGCUCUCCUCACGGCGCUUCCCCUCUGAUCCCUACAGGCUACACCAGACGUCCACGGACCUGGUGUUCGCGGGGCUGCGGAGCGGCAGCAUCGUUGUCGACGACCUGCGCACACCCCAGAACAAGACGCUGACCGUGGGAACCAUGCCAACCCGACGGUUGAUUACUGGACUACGACGACUAAACGACGCAGCGGUGCCGUACGGUCUGGUGGCUGCGGGCUUGGACAGUCAGCUCGUGCUCUUUGACGUGCGCUUCUCGUCGCAGCCACUACGCGAGUUCACCGGUCACGUCAACCCCAGUAUCCCAACCUUGGGCUUCAGCACCAGUCCAGAUGACACGGUCGUCUUUGUCGGUGGUUCCGACCACCGCCUCCGGGCAUGGGACACGGUCACUGGCGAGAUGCUGCAUGCGCGCAACAGCGACAAGAGAAAUGCGCUUGCCUUCAACUUCAAGAACUUGGUCGAGCACAUCGACAUCUCACCCAACCUUACUGUGCGCACGGCGAAUGCAGGUGACAUCUUACGAUUCGAGCACUGGGACAACCCCGACGAGAUGAUGAAGUGGACGAGCGGAAACGAGGACCUUGACGCGUCGUAG